AUGCAAGGCCACAGAGUCACACAAGAUGAUGACAUUCUGGUCCGCGACCCGGCAAUUCUACACGAUCUCAAAAAUUUGGGCGACUUCAAGUUGGUGGAGGGAAAGUUACAUUAUAAAUCGGCUCUAAUCGAUUUUCUGACCACCGUUGUCGAGACCCUCUCCUAUGAGGAGGUUAAGCAAGCCGAGGCCGUCGAAUCCAUCCAGGGCCUCCGUUUCCUGAAGCCUGACUUUGCGCUAGCAGCAAAAGAAGACGAAUACGGGAUCUGCAAGCGACACUCUGAUCUCCAGGAUGCAAUCUUCUGGGCUCGGAAGCUUGAAGAAGCCGGCCAGCAAAUUUCUGACGCCUGCGCCAAACUCCUGCCGGUCAGCUACUAUCAAGUGGUCAUGAUAGGGAUGUGGAUGGACCCUGAAGAUUUUCAAAAGCUGGUGCACGUAGGCCUCAGGAAGCUCCUCCUCCCAUGGGAAGAGAACUCGGCAGAGCAACGUGAAUAUUAUUUGUGGUCUGCAGAAUCGACCGAUCCUUUUACGGUGGAGCUGGAGGAUGAGGAGGAUUAUGAUGACGAUAAUGACAAAUCUGCUUAA